AUGGUCCAUGACUUCCAGGCUGUUAAGCAGGGUGUUCACGCCAGGUUGGAGGCCGCUGGUCAGAAGAAUAAGGCUGCCGAUGAUGCUAACCUACGUUCUAAGGUUUUUGUUGCAGGUGACGACGUCAUGGUGUUUUUACGCAAGGAACAAUUCCCAGUUGGCACGUAUGCUAAGCUCCAGCCUCACAAGUAUGGUCCCUUCAAGGUGUUACGGAAGAUUAAUGAUAAUGCUUAUGUCAUCGAUUUGCCGGCUGAUAUGAACAUAUCCAACACCUUCAAUGUGGCUGAUCUCUACGAGUUCCAUGAGGAUGCUGCGUUAUAUCCCCUUACGAACUCGGGGUCGAGUUCUUUACAGGCGGAGGAGACUGACGCGACGCGGCUAGAGGACCAGAUCAAGGACGCAACCCAGUUGGAGAAGGAGUUGGCGUCGCAUACGUAA